AUGACCUCAGCAUUCAGACGAACACCUUCCAGAAUGUCCAACGAAUACAUUCUCUUCGACCUGCCAAGCCGAGGCACUCCGACCGGAUGGUCUCUCAAUCCAUGGAAGGCACGCCUCGUCCUCAACUACAAGAACCUGCCCUACAAAACCCAAUGGGUUGAGUACCCUGAUCUAGCUCCCACCUACAAGUCCUUUGGCAUCCCACCCAACGACCCGAAGACCAACGCAGCCGCCGAGUACUCAAGCCCAGCCAUCAAACACCCCGAUGGACACUUCACAAUGGACUCUCUCGCCAUAGCUCACGGACUCGAGGAAUCUCACCCAAGCCCAUCUCUUCACCUGGACAGCCCGGUCAACGAGCGUGCUCAAACCGCCAUAUUAGACUUUCAAAAAGCUCUCGCUGCCGUGAUCAUGCCCCGUGUGCCUGAAAUGCUCCUGAACCCUCCAAGUGAAGAAUACUUCCGCAGAACGAGGGCGAAGCGCUUCGGUAUGGAGUUGGCAGAUUUGGCGAAGAGUGAGCAGGCGGGUGAGACGGCUUGGAAGAAUGCGGAGCCUGCGUUGGAGAAGAUCAAGGCGCUGCUUUGUGAAGAUGAGAGUGGUCCGUAUGUUCUCGGCAAGGAGGCGAGCUUUGCAGACUUUAUUUUGGCUGGGGCUUGGAGGUUUUAUGAGAGGAUGGAUAAGGAUGGGGACUUGCUUGGCAGGAUCAUGAAGUUUGACGAAAGUUUCCCAAGGCAUCAUGAGGCGUGUAAGAAGUGGUUGGAGAGGGAUGAUUGA